GGUCAGUAUUCUGUGUUGGUAGCUGGUAGGUUGCAAGCUAACCUGCUGAGUUUCCGCCUCUGAAGGCAGCUGAGCCGAGCCGUGAAUGAACCCCGCACCUCAAUGUAUCUCCCGUGGCCGCGAUGGCAGCGACAGAAACGGUCUGAGUCUAAAAUCUUAGCUAUGUAGCUAAAUGGUUCAUACUACCUGUAGUUAAUGUCAGUGGGAUUCGUGUCCUUAGCUAUUUCCACCAGUAGCUAGUUUUUUUCUUUCUGGGACACACGGCGGCAGCUAGCCCCCUCUCUCGCCACUACAGGAGGAUGCUGAAGCUGUUCGGUGCACUGGUUAUCCUCGGACUGGUCCUGGCGUGCAUCACCUCCUGGGUGCUGGACAGCUAUGACACGGCUUGGCACCCGAAACGGAGCGUUCAGCACCCGACUGUCCGUGAUGGGGAUGACUCUAAGGGGAGUUCGCCACCAUUUCCCGGCGGCGAGUUGAGCAAUAUAUUCUGGUUUAUACAGGUGUCCGACAUUCACAUUAGCCGAUUUCAUGACCCAAGACGUAUUCCAGAUUUUGAAAACUUCUGCACUGACACAAUUGAAGUGAUUAAGCCAGUUCUAGUGCUUGCAACAGGGGAUCUGACAGAUGCUAAAACAGAGAGUAAGGUGGGUUCCCUCCAGCAUGAGGUGGAGUGGCAGGCUUACCACAACAUCCUGAAGAGGUCACGUGUGAUGGAGCGCACUAGGUGGAUAGACAUCCGUGGAAAUCAUGAUGCCUUCAAUAUUAUUUCAUUGGACAGCGUCAACAAUUAUUACCGGAAAUACUCGGCCAAUCAGAAAGUAGGCUCUUUCCACUAUGUUCACAAAACUCCCUUUGGCAACUACUCUUUUGUCUGUGCGGAUGCCACUCUGACUCCAGGACCCAAGAGGCCGUACAAUUUCUUUGGUAUUCUCAACCAGACUCAAAUGGACUUGCUGGACACGUUCAGAGCUGAGAGUCUGAAAAGCAACCAGUCGAUCUGGUUUGGCCACUACACCACCUCAACUGUCGUCUCCCCGUCUCCAGGAGUUCGGGACAUGAUGAGAUCUGCAGUUGCAUAUCUGUGUGGCCACCUGCACACACUGGGCGGCCUGAUGCCCGUCCUCCACAGCAGACAUCCCCAAGGCACCCUGGAGCUGGAGCUGGGUGACUGGAUGGACAACCGCAGGUACAGGGUUCUGGCCUUUGACCACGACCUGCUGAGUUUCUCCGACCUGAGGUUUGAGCAGUGGCCUGCCGUGCUCAUCACCAACCCCAAGGACGCACAGUAUCUGCAUCCUGGAGUGGAGCCGCUGGCUCGAAUACGGAGAUCAACACACAUCAGGAUCUUGGCCUUCUCAGAGGCCCCAAUCAAAGCGGUGCAUGUAAGCGUAGAUGGGAAACCUCUGGGGAAAGGCCACGCAGCCGGAGGGCCUCUCUAUGUUCUGCUGUGGGAUCCAUCUCUCUACCUCACUGGACUGCACACCAUCAGAGUUAAAGUGGAGGACUCGGCAGGCCGAUCGUCAGUGCGGGAGCAGCACUUUACUCUGGAGGACGACCUGACUCCCAGCUUUGGUUUCGUGCAGUCCUUCGUCCUCCUCACAGACCACUACAUCCUGGCCCGAGUGGCCUUCGUUUUUAUCACGCUGCUGAAUGUCGGGGUGCUGCUGGCCUUCAGAUUCCUGCGUGUUCCAAGUGGAAGAGGAUUGACCUCUCAAGCCUGUGUGUCCCUCCAUCUGGUCAGCACAAUGGACACCUUCUACUACUCCCUGCUGCUGUUUAACCUGUGUACAGCCUUAGGUCCGUGGUUCAUAGGAGAGAUGAUAGAUGGCCAUAGCGGUGCCUGCUUCGCCUUUGGGGUGUUCGUCGAUGGACACUUCCUGGAGGGCAGUCUCACUUAUGUUAUUGGAGUCGUUCAACUGCUAUUCUUCAACAUGCCCCUCACCUGUUAUCUCUGCUGGUGCCUCCAUCACCGUUGCCGCGGCAACACCUUCCGAUCCCACUUCCUGGGGCCGGGCUGCCGCUGGCGGACUCUGGCAGUUCACCUCUUAAUGCUGCUGCUGCUCACCUGGCAGGUUCACUCCUGCUAUUUUCUCUUUGAGACCUACGGCCUUGUGGCAUUUUUCCUGUCUCCAGUCCGCACAUGGGCGUUAGGGCUCAGUCUGCUAUUGGUCUACCGCGCCUGGACAGGCCCCACCCCUCUUGUUCGCGACAACAGCAAGAGCGUCUCUCCCUCUUGACAGUAAUUGUGCCGCCACGAUUUCCAUCAAGUGUGACUCAGAUAUAUUCUGCUGUCUCUAUCCAACCUGAAAGCCCCCCACCUCCUUUCUUUCUUUCUCUCUCUCUCUCUCUCUCUCUCCCCCCCCUCUUUCCAAAAGCCAAUUCACAGUACAUCACUCAAUAUCCUGUUUAAUGAUAGUAUUGUUUACUUAAUAUGCAUGUUAUUGUAAAGCACCGGUGAGCACAUUUCUGGCCAUAUUCAUAGCAAUGUGUGCAAAAUAGCCAAGUAAAAUAGCCUAUUUGAGAGGACUCGUCCAAUGUGUGCCGCAGUUAACAGUAUAUUCUGCUGUGAUUUAAGCUGACUCAUUUACUUGAGCAUUAGCACUUUUUUGGAAGUGUUGCCUAGGCCUAAUGCCACUUCACCACUGCCAAAGGAUGAAUAAGCAAGAUUUCACCUUUUAUUCUUCCCUCUGAAAAUCAUUGUCAUUCACUAAUAUAGGCUGGACGUGCCAAACCGAUCCUCAUGUUUACCUUCCGACACAAAUUGGGUGGAUAAGAAAGCUUCAUUUUGUACACUGUAAGCUUUCCUAUUUCCCCCAUGGCUGACAGAGCAUGGUAGUGACAAUAACUCUGGUGAAGAUAACCCAGGUAAUGCAAGCUAAACGAUCAAAUUUUCAAGUUUUAUUCUACACAAUUACAGGACAUCAAAUUAGGGAAAUUACAGAUCUGUAGUUGAUCUGUGUACAAGUAGUUAUUGACUACACGCGUUUUUAAUUAAAAUGAAUUUGUGGAAAAUGAAUGAAACCAUUGCACACAACUGCCACUUAAAAAUUGUCUCAAUAUUCGCAUUGAAUAGUUAUAUCAAAAACUUAAAUGCCACUUGCCACCAAAACACAACAACAAGUUGGCUAGACUCUUCGUGCUCCUUCAAACGUGACUACAGAAGCAGCUGUUUGUUUCUCAGGAAUGUGAGCACUUUAACAAAAGGCUGGUCCCAGUAGUAUUUCAGGACAAUGUUUUUAUACUCCAUAGUAGCUCAGUGAACUAAAACCCAUGUUAAACAAUCGAGAUGUGUGGUGGCUAAAAAACAAAAUGAAUGUGUUAUAGAUGUGGUGAAAUAAGAUGAACCAGUACUAUGCUGUUUUAAUUUAUUCUUUCUGAUUGUAUUGAGUGAUUUCUUUUUUUAUAAUCCCUUCAUGUUAUAUAUCUGCACAGGAAAUGGGCAUUUCUUGCAUUGGAAGGUAAUUGGACCGCUCUGUGUGUAAAAAAAAAAAACUGUUUGUCUGUAACGUUCCAAUUUCCUUUUUGUGAAGGUGUGAGCAGUAAACUGUGUCUGUUGCACUCUUUUAAUCCUUUCUAGUCAGUAGUAUCAGGUGCCUGGAUUCCCCAAGAACAAACUGAUCUUAAAACAAAAAGGGUGAAGACCACAUUUAUCAAGUGUUUUAAUGGAAGCAAUGUUCCAACAGUUAGAGUUAAAUCAUGGUUGUUUUUUAAGCCAUACCCAGUGUGUGUGCAGAAUAAUUGCUGUGUUGUAAUAAGACAUGCAGUUUAAUAUUAGAACAGCUGCUAGACUCUGAGAAAACAAAAUUAUGUGCACUCUUGAUGGCAAUGUUUUUACUAACUUUUCCUCCCCCUUCUCUGCAAAAACAAGUAUUUUUGUACAGGAGCACUACCAAAUGUAUAAUUCCAGCAUAAAGACGGAUAUUAAAAAUGUAUGGAUUUUUGUUAUUGGAGAGUUCUUCUCCAAUGACGCUGAGUACCUCUCACAAGCUAUGUAAUCUGUCCACAAGGAGGCAGAAUUGUGUUGCAUUUCACUCCCACCCUUCGAAUCAUGCAUGGAAUUUUAUUUUUAUUUUUUUCCUUUUUCUUUUUGCAGAAAAGCACCAAAACCAUAUCUCGAUGAGACAAUUGUGAUAAUGUAUUAAUGCUCACUGAAUAUGUUUAACUAUGAAUCUGGGUGUGAUGGGUCUGUACUGUACAUCGAUUUGACUGUUGACAAGAAAAACAGACAUCGACCCCACCACCAUUAUGUCUCUGAGAAGGAAUAUAUGGCAAUUGAUACUGGUACUGGUGUUCACUUAUUGACCUAUUCUGCAUCCCCUCCUAUGUUCAAACACUAAAAGUGUAUGAAUGAAAAGAUGAUGAUUUUACACCAGCCACAUAUUUUUCUUGUGACUACUGAAAUUGGAGCCAACCACAAUUUUAUUUUAUUAAUGGUUUAUAGUGCUGUGGAAUAAAAUGUUCAUUACAGUAAAUCAUA